CCCCAGCUCUGGUCACACAGCAACUGAGUCAGAAGUUGAAGAAGAAGCAGAGACCGUAAUUUUUCCACGACUUAACCAAGCGAUUUACUGAGCGAAUCGAGCCGCAAUUGGCCAUUUAGCUAGCCGGAAGCAUUUAGAGCGUGAGCAACAGAGUGCGGCCACUUGGAAGCGGUGCCCGCAGAGAAAUCGCAGUGCGAGAAGUGCCCGAAAACCGCUGGCCCAGCCCCAUUAUAAACAGAGAGGAGGGGUGGAGAGUGGAGAGUGCGCAGCCGAGGAGUGUGUGUGUGUGUGUGCGGAGUAGUGCAGAUAGGAGAGCGGAGAGAGGUCAGCCAACCCGUAAUUAAGAAAAAGUAGACACGUACGUGAAAGAUGUCAUCCGGUGAUUUUGGCAAUCCGCUGCGGAAGUUCAAGCUCGUUUUCCUGGGCGAGCAGAGUGUGGGCAAGACCUCGCUGAUCACUCGCUUCAUGUACGACAGCUUCGACAACACGUACCAGGCGACGAUCGGCAUUGAUUUCCUCUCGAAGACCAUGUACCUGGAGGAUCGAACGGUGCGCCUGCAGCUGUGGGACACGGCGGGCCAGGAGCGUUUCCGCUCCCUCAUCCCCUCCUACAUACGCGACUCCACGGUGGCCGUCGUGGUGUACGACAUCACCAACACCAACUCUUUCCACCAGACCUCCAAGUGGAUCGAUGACGUGCGCACGGAGCGGGGCAGCGACGUCAUCAUCAUGCUGGUGGGCAACAAGACGGAUCUCUCGGACAAGCGCCAGGUGUCCACCGAGGAGGGGGAGCGCAAGGCGAAGGAGCUGAACGUGAUGUUCAUCGAGACGAGCGCCAAGGCGGGCUACAAUGUGAAGCAGUUGUUCCGGCGGGUGGCCGCUGCCCUGCCCGGCAUGGAUUCCACGGAGAACAAGCCCUCGGAGGACAUGCAGGAGGUGGUGCUGAAGGACUCGCCCAACGAGACGAAGGAUCCCGAGGGCGGCUGUGCCUGCUAGAACCCCGAAAACCCAACCCCGAUCCAACGAGGUGUAUGUUCCGGCUGGAUCUGCGGCGGAUUCCUCAACAUCUAUACACACACAUACACACCUUACGUUUAAGUUUAUUUAUAAAGUAACAAAAAUGAUAGCAAAGGCAAAUAGACUAAACAACCAUUAACGAAAUCGGCUAACUAAUUAAUGUUAAUUGAGCUGAGCUGAGCAUGCUAACUUAUCAGGAUCAGGGAUCAGGAUCAGAGUAAUAUUUGCGAGUUAGCUACCCCAGACAAGAAUAUAGUGUUGUGCAUUUCCGAUACCCAACCCCCUAAACCAUGUACUUAUGUCAGGCCAGGCGGUCCAGGAACCUCCGACAUUCCAGCUCUCGGCAUCUCCAUCAGUCGUAGAUACCACGCAGCCAGCCUGUGUUCAAUAUGAUUCCACCAGCCAGGCAUUUUGUUUCUCAUUUUAGUGCCCCCUCGUUCUGUUUUGUUUCGCCAAUUUCGGUUCGGUUUUCGGCUUCUUUUUUUAGCACAGCGAGCGCAACUGCUAACUGGAACUUUGGAUGGCAUAGGACUUGGCCACGUGCAUCUUAUGAAUAAAUAUACACAGAUAUAUAAUAUGUAUUUUUAUGACUAAAACUGAAAACAGACAUGCAGCACACGAGCAGAGCAAACACUUAACAAUAUAUUAUUAACGAUUUUUGCUUCGAUUAGCGAGAGAACUUUGUGCAUUUUUUACGCGAAAAGCAAAAGCUUACAAAAUUGAUAAUUGAAUAAAAACAUAAAACUAUG